CCCAGGGUGGAGGAGCGUCUGCAGACCCUCGGCUCCCGACGGCGGGGCGGAGGCGGCGGCCGCGGGCGGCGGGAGCUCGGCGGGCGCUGGCUGCGGGCGCGCUGAGGCCGGCCGGGGGCGGCCCACGGACGGAAAAGUUCAUCGCAAGCACGACCAUGCUUGGAGCUGAAAUGGAACAAGCAGUUGGUGAGCCAAUGAGAGACCAGGUCCCACGGACACAUUUGACAGAAGACAUUCCAAAAGCCAAGAAGUGCACAGUGAUUGGAGGCUCUGGGUUCCUGGGGCAGCACAUGGUGGAGCAAUUGCUGGCAAGAGGCUACACUGUCAAUGUAUUUGAUAUGCGGCAAGGGUUCGACAACCCACAGGUGCAGUUUUUUCUGGGUGACCUCUGCUGCCAACAGGAUCUGUACCCAGCUCUGAAAGGUGUCAACACAGUUUUCCACUGUGCAUCACCCCCACCAUCCAGUAACAACAAGGAACUCUUUUAUAGAGUGAAUUACAUUGGCACCAAGAAUGUCAUUGAAACUUGCAAAGAGGCUGGGGUUCAGAAACUCAUUUUAACCAGCAGUGCCAGUGUCAUCUUUGAGGGCAUCGACAUCAAGAAUGGCACUGAAGACCUCCCUUAUGCCAAGAAACCCAUUGACUACUACACAGAGACCAAGAUCCUACAGGAGAGAGCAGUGCUGGGUGCCAAUGAUCCUGACAGGAACUUCUUAACCACAGCCAUCCGCCCUCAUGGCAUUUUUGGCCCAAGGGACCCACAGUUGGUCCCCAUCCUCAUCGAAGCAGCCAGGAAAGGCAAGAUGAAGUUUGUGAUUGGGAAUGGGGAGAACUUGGUGGACUUCACCUUUGUGGAGAACGUGGUCCAUGGACACAUCCUGGCUGCAGAGCGCCUCGCCCGAGACACAGCCUUGGGGGGGAAGGCUUUUCACAUCACCAAUGACGAACCCAUCCCUUUCUGGACAUUCUUGUCCCGAAUCCUGACAGGCCUCAAUUAUGAGGCCCCCAAGUACCACAUCCCGUACUGGGUGGCCUACUAUCUGGCCCUGCUGCUGUCUCUCCUGGUGACCGUGAUCAGUCCUGUCAUUCAGCUCCAGCCCACUUUCACCCCAAUGCGAGUUGCACUGUCUGGUACGUUCCACUAUUACAGCUGUGAGAGAGCCAAAAAGGUCAUGGGCUACCAGCCACUGGUCACCAUGGAUGAUGCCGUGGAAAGGACUCUGCAGAGCUUUCACCACCUGCGAAAAGUCGAGUGAGGCACUGCAGAGACUGGCCUGCUCCAUGCAGUCCUCGCUGAGAGCUCACCCCUCUGUGGACCAAUAAACUAACCUAGUGAGUUUCUUCUGA